AUCCUCCUCCUCCUACCAGCUGGAUGACACAUGGAAGAUUUUCGUCAUGAACGCCGGCAAUCCAGCUAGCUUUACUUACGUCUUGCGCGGCACACCGGGAGCAAUUGAAAGUCACCUAGCUUCAUUUCUACAUCGAUCUCGAUCGUCUCUGACUAUGAUCCAUCUUAUCUGCUAUAUAUAGCACAUUCUAGCUAACUCAGUAUUCAGAGUUUCAGACCAAUAUAGGCUAACAAGCAAAAGCUAAACAAGAAGAAACCUUCAAUGGCGAGACCGACCUCCCUCCUCCUAGUUCUGGCCGCCGUUCUCUCCGUCCUCGUCUGCCAGGCCGCUGCAGCGGAGAAGACCGGCCAGAUCACCGUCUUCUGGGGCCGGCACGAGGACGAGGGCACUCUGGGAGACGCCUGCAACUUCAGCCGCAUCUACACCACGGUCAACAUGGCCUUCCUCAACGUGUAUGGCCACGGCAAGUACCACCUGGACCUCUCUGGCCACCCGCUCGACGGCGUGGGCGAUGACAUCAAGCACUGCCAGUCCCUGGGCAUCCCGGUCUUCCUCUCCAUCGGCGGCUUCGGCGGUGACUACGGGCUCCCGACCAGCCAGUCCGCGGUCGACCUCGCCGACCACCUCUGGUACUCGUACCUGGGCGGCAGCCGCGUGGGCGUGCCGCGGCCCUUCGGCGACGCGCAGCUCGACGGCAUCGACUUCUUCCUCGAGGGCGGCGGCGUCGGGGAGCGCUACGACGUGCUGGCCAGGGAGCUGGCCAAGCACGACCAACAGCUGCGGCUGACGGCGACUCCGCGGCGCGCGUUCCCGGACGGCCGCGUGUUCGUGGAGCGGGCGCUCGCGACGGGGGUCUUCGAGCGCAUCCACGUCAGGUUCUACGACUACCCGAACUGCACGGCAUGGAUCGAGGACGCGUGGGGCCAGUGGACGGCGGCGUACCCGACCAGCAAGGUCUUCCUCGGCCUGACGGCGUCGGAGAAGGACUCGUGCUACCUCGAGCGCAAGGCGGUGUUCGAGAUCGUGAUGCCGAUCGUGCAGAAGGCGGACAACUACGGCGGCGUCAUGCUCUGGGACCGCUACAACGACGAGCAGAACUUCAACCAGUACAGCAGCUACGUCAAGAACUGGGUUUGAGCGAGCUCGGCAUCUCGCUAGUCUACUACUAUGUCAUCACCCUGACUCUGCCGUAGUGUCUUCUGCAUGAUGAUGUGUACUCCUCUCCUCUGCUUUCGCGUGUGUUGUUAAUCGUGAGUAACCUGCUAUGAGUUAUCACUGCUGCGUGCAUGCAAGAAUACAAUUUCUGGUGUCUGGUUUGGUUA